AUGGCCGAUGAUCAUAUACAAUCACUCCGGCGGCUGGCCAAAAGAUACCAUAUCCGGCCGCGGCUGCCGAGUGACGAGUGGCCCGAAGCCCAUGUGAAAACUUUUCGGAAUAUCAAAGCGUUGGGAGAAUAUAAAUUCGACACGUAUUCUCACAGCAUAAGUGUCUUGUCCGACAAAGAACCGUGGAAGCAACAGACCCAGGCCCGGGCACGAUGGCUGACAACCCGAGCAGAACGUUUGUUUGGCCAAGAUCGUAAUGAAGCUGGUUGGCGAUUUGGGCUUGAAAACGACGUAUUACGAAGAUUUACGGUGGAAGUUGCUUGUCCGAGGUGCCGCGCCAGGGUUUGGCAAUCCGAGAUCCAAGCAACGUGGAAUAAUGAAAACGAAGACUACGCGCAACAGCUCGAGGAGCGCAGGAGAAUGCGGCGGCCAUGUCAGUGCCCACCGAAUGAGCGCCCUAUGGAUUCCUACGACAUCGGUAUGAACACUUUGUUCGAUGAUCGAGCACAAGAGUUUGUUAUUCAUGAGGAUUUGAUCAAGUCUCAACUCCCGAAGCAAGGCCCAGAUCGCGUUUUUGGGCUGCAGAAUACGAGAAGCUUUGAUAAGUUGCUAUCUAGUCCUGUCAGACCCGACUUGGCGAAUACUCCCGGGGACACUAUUGCAGAUAUUCUUAAAACCACCCCUUUUAAGACACAGGCAGAUCCUCUUUUAUUUCCCUUUCUGGUGCUUGAAGCCAAAUCUGAAGGUAGUGCCAGUGGAUUUGAUGCGAUACUGGUCCAAUCAUCCUUCCCAAUACGAGCUCUUUUGAAAAUGCAGGACAACCUACGAUCAAAUGUCUCAGGAGUAGAAGGAGCCUUUAGUCCUUUGGUAUGGUUUCUCGCAUCCCGUGGGGAUGCGUGGCGGGUUUAUUGUGGACAUAUAACAAAGGGAAAUAAUGAGGAGCCAGCAAAAUACGAUAUAACUUUGCUGUGGUCUGGUUCUCUGCUGCACAAGGACAAUGCCCUACAAUUGGUCCUGAUAGUCGACUAUAUCAUGGACUGGGCCAGAGAGGUCUAUCGCGAUUCAAUCCUGAGACAGCUUAAAUCACUGGUUACAGGCCAAUCAUUUGAUCAGGUCAGCCUCGUAGAUAGCGAUAUAUUUUCUAUGCGAAGGGACAUUUCCAAUUGGAUUCCUGCGCCACCUAGCACUGUAUUCGAUGGGCUUACACUAUCGACUUCUGUUGUUAAUCGGGAAGACUCUCCUCCAUCGUCAUCAGUGGAAGAGCAAACAAUGCUUGAUAUUCGGAUCCCGAAUACAAAACUCGGAUCUGUUCAGUCAGCUUCCAGUGCAAAUUUUCGUUUUGUCUGUCUCUAUCUCACAGAAACGCUUAUUCAAAAUUUUUUGCAAGUCGUUGGAGGGAGUCAGAAUAUUGAAUCAAAAACAAAGAAAGCUGCACAAGAUAUCGUCAACUUCAUUACACAAUUCGAGGAUGUUCUGGUGAUGUCUAAAACAGACCUUGACUUGUUUGAGACGCUUUGGACUGGUGCAGCUGCACCAAUAGGUCCGGCUAAGAAUGCUGAUGAAUUUUAUGUUUUUAUGGAAGCAAGCUGGUAUUUCAGUUCUUCUUGGGAAAUUACCAGAGAGGUGUCCUGCCUCGCUGUUAACAAGUCGGCUUUCAAAAUUUUAGCGACAUGUGCAAACUUUGGUGUUCGACACAAGGGCGUCGAAAAUCUUCCAAAGUACGAGCGACAUUGUUCUAGCGAUGAUAUUCGCGAAUUGAUUGGCUGUAUCCGAUCUGGUUCGCCAUGGCAAGUCCUUCUAGCAACUAUCUCGUGCACGCUAGUGACAAUAUACCCCCUUCCUCUUCGAUGGAAAGAGGACUUUCCGCUUCGUGUGAGUAUUCUUGGCCUUGGGUAUACACAUUUUGGCCGAGUAAAGCCAUUUAUUAUGAAGUAUUUAAAAUCGGAGCCGUGGGAGCCGAGGAAAAAUACGAUUGUCCCGGGCCGCGAAAUUAACAGGCUUUUAAAGCAAGGGCAUAAAAUCAAUGAAAUUUUUGACAUGAAAAGGGAACAACCGCCCAAGCAUACGGAUAAGCCAUGGAAACGGAUUUCAGAGACACUUUUUACUCUUAAGGACGAGCCUCAUGAUCGGUCUCGUUGUGACAGAUGUAAGGGAAGUCCCAGAAGCAAUAUCUCGCCCUUCGCCCAUGGUUUCCUGGACACAAGAAAUCAACCUGUGUUAUCGGACUACAACGCAAUCUUGGUGGUCUCGCUACAACUUACUAGCCGUGGAGUUUACACACCUGAUUCCUGCGUGUUUGCACUGAGUGGGGUGCAUGAGCUUGACGAUAAUAUCGGGCUUUCAGUAAUGAUUGGCAGCCUAAUACAGGGUAAUCUUAUAUAUCACACACUCAAGUAUGAUGUUAAUUAUUCCACAUCGCAUUUCGACAUGUACAAUUUGCCAUUGCCAUACCGCUCCGUGACAGGCGAAGAGGAACUCCGUUUACUAAACUGGAUUCGUGAACUUCAAGAUGAAGAUUUUCAAGUACACAAAGAAGAUGAACUCCGAGAUGAGAGUUCCGAGUGGAACUUUACUCGAGCGCUGAUGUACCUGCUCAGAAUUGGCCACACAGAGAAGGAAGCAGCUCUUUUUAUGACCAAGGAAUCUGCUUAUCAAUAUGAUGAUGUACUUUCCAAGAUGCCGAAGGAAAAUCGAGGUGAAAGUGAGAAAUUUGAAUCAUUCCAACAAGUCGAUCUCCGUGGUGAACAACUCGCUCAACGGUAUUCCUCAUGGAUUGAAGGGAAGGUAUUUCUCAAGCGUGAAUACCCCAAUCAAUUCAACUAUAUUUCCUCCCUGCAGAAUCUCCAUUAUAUAACAGUAUAA